CUGGUUUAGAGCCCACAGAUCAGAGAGACGAGGAGCCAGCUCGGGAACCUUCCAGAACCUUCACCGCGCUAACCUCCCCUGAUCAAUCAAUCAUAUAUAUACCCGCCAAUUCAAGGCACCGAAAAAUCACACCAGAAACACACCCAGAUUCUUUCGAUUCUUUCACGGCCCCACACCUCUCUCCCUCUCUCGUGCUCCAUCGAUCGCUUCCUCCUCCUCCUUCCUCCCCCCAUGGCCUCGGCGAACGACGAAGAUCGCGCGGCGGCGGCUGGCAUCCUGCGGCUACUGAUGGGGAUGGCGGCGGCGGCGCCCGCCUCGGCAUUGCCUCGGGGCGGCGGAGGUGCCGGGGGGCCUGGCCUGGUGGUGGUGCAGCACGUCUUCCUCGACGGCGACGGGGAUCUGUUCUCGGGCGGGGUCGGCGGCGGCGUGCCGCCGGCGUCGAAGGCCGCGAUCGCCGCGCUGAAGGAGGUGAAGGCCGGGGAGGUCGAGGGCGGGGGCGAGCUGGGCGAGUGCGCCAUCUGCCUGGACGGGGUGGAGGACGCCGGCAAGGAGAUGCCGUGCGGGCACCGCUUCCACGGGGGCUGCCUGGAGCGGUGGCUCGGCGUGCACGGCAACUGCCCCGUGUGCCGCCGCGAGCUGCCGCCGGCCAAGGAGGAGGACAACGCGGCGGCGAUGGAGGGCGGCGGCGAGGAGAGGCGGAGGCCCAGGGCCGCGGUCGUGGUCAGCUACCUCGUGCUCGGAGGCGAGCGUGGUGGGGAGGCGCAGGCGCAGGCGCAGCAGGAGCCGGGGCCGGAGAGAGAGGAGCCGUGGAACAUUAGGAUAGAGGACGUGGAUUAGGAUUAGGAGAUACUAUAUGGUUAGGCCUCUAAAAUCGCUUUCCAAUUGGUUCACUGAUUGGUUUGAUGGUGGAGGUGGUUUGUGCAUAUAUACUAGUAGUGCGAUGAGUGUUGGCCAUGGAGAAGGAAAAAUGUGAAUAUUUCAAGAUGUCGAAGACGUUGUACAACGGAAGUUCAAUUUGUUGAUCAAUGCUAAAUACGCGUUUUCGAAAAUGAGAAGCAGUUUCUUCUUC